AUGCUGCGCAAUGCCCGUCGCUUCAUGCACGAACGCACCGCGUUCAUGGAUCUGAGUGUUCCAAGCUCGGAGCAGAGUUGCUAUGUGUCUCCAUCCGGGGACUACUGCACUGUAAAGUUCGUGGUGCUGCCCUUAGAGGGAGAUUUUAGUGCUAGGCAAGUGUUCGAUACGCUCAAAUUCUACCUGUUCCACAUGGAAAUCAUGAUCUCCGAGGCUACUGGUGACCUCACACUAUGUGAAGAGGAAGAGGCUGACAACACAGCUGUAUCACAACACCGCUUCCUUCGAUCAACGCCCAGCGGAUACCAAGUGGAGUCGAAUGACGUAAUCUUCAGUCACUUCGAUGAGCACAACGAGGAGUUUGGGGACGGAAGGGAGUACGGAAUCAUCGUAAUCGACUGCGUGGAUAAGGACGAGCUGCAUCCGUACUCUCCGGACGAGAAACUACGUCAGGACCUCACGUCCAUUCUCACGGUACAGACGUACAAGGACAAGGUGUCUUGCUCUCAAAAUCCAAAGAAGCUGCAGAUCAAGACCCAAGUGGUAAUGACUCGAAGUAAUUUCUUCAAACUACACCACACAACGCUACCCUUGUCGAAGAUUGAAAUGCAAGAAACCAUCGACCGUCUCGCAUGUCGAGGCAAUCUACUCUUCAACGCGGUUCGAGCCUCAGUGUCGUCUGGCAGGGAACCAGUUCUUUGAUUAAAUCCAUAUAAAUGACACUUUUAUUGC